AAAACGCGUUUUCCGGCGCAAGACGAUGGCGUCAUAGGAGUCGGCGGGCGCGUUCCGUUGCUGGGGGUACUCACUAGCUGGUCUUGCCUGAAGACCCCCCCUCCCCGGCCCAACCGGCCACGCAGUGGCUGGGCCCUUGCAAUGACCAUUUGUCAGUUCUUCCUUCAAGGCCGUUGCCGCUUCGGAGACCGGUGCUGGAACGAACAUCCGGGUGCCAGGGGUGCGGGAAGGGGACGACAGCAACAGUCCUCAGGGGAUAUGACCUCAACUUGGAUGCCUAUAAGAGUUUUUUGUUCUGGUUUUUUUUUCAGGGAAGGAAUUGUAAAAGAUAUGGAGAUUUGGGAAUCAUCGAGGCAGUGGAUGUUUUCUGUUUAUUCACCAGUGAAAAAGAAACCUAGUAUUUCAGGUUUUACAGAUAUUUCACCAGAGGAGUUGAGACUUGAAUACCAUAACUUCUUAACCAGCAAUAACUUACAGAGUUAUCUAAAUUCUGUCCAUCAGCUUGUAAAUCAAUGGAGGAAUAGAAUGAAUGAACUGAAGAAUCUGAAUACCUCAACUAAACUAGCUUUGCUCUCUGAGUUAAAGGAUGAAGCAAAUCAUGCAGCACCUGCAUUUGGAUUUGGAAGUGGACAAGCAGGAACAUUUGGGUCACCAGGUUUUCCAGUAAGUAACAGCAGCAGUGCUAGUACUCAGAAUUUUAGUUUUAAAACAAACCCUGGAAUUGUCACUGCCCCUGCUGGAAGCCCUUCUGUGUUUGGGGCUUCUCCAGCAUUUGGAGCUGUACCCUCUACUAGUUCUGCCAGUUCUACUUCCACUCCGAAUUUUGGAUUUGGGAAACCUGAAAUCACUUCUGCUGCUUCAUUUUCAUUUAAAAGCCCUGCAGCUUCCACUUUUGGAUCACCGGGACUUUCAGGAUUUCCACCUUCCAUGGCAGCAGGUCCUUUUGGAACUCCAGUGGCUCCAACCUUUGGAAGUGGCAGUUCUGUGGCUGGUUUUGGGAGUCCUGGCUCACAUUCUCACACUGCUUUUUCUAAGCCAUCUAAUAACAUCUUUGGAGGUGGCAGCACUUCUACCUCUCUUCCAGUCUCCAGUGUCCUCAUUACAACAGAUAAUGUGUUAUUCACACCCAGGGAUCAACUAACAGCAGGUGAACUAGAACAGUUUCAAUCCAAGAAAUUUACUCUAGGAAAAAUUCCAUUAAAGCCGCCACCCAUGGAGCUUCUAAAUAUCUAAAAGGGCAAUUUGAUUUGAUUUGAUUUGAUUUGAUUUGGGUUUUUGGGUGGGGGGGUGGGUACUGGG